AUGAGGAAGCAAGCGCUCCGGCAAAGCUUCGAGACUCUACAAAUGGAGGACGGUGAGAGUAUUCAGAGCUAUUGGGCUAGAGUGACCGCAAUUGUGAAUCAAGUGAGAGGACUCGGGCAUAAGCUCUCAAAGGCUGAGGUAGUGUCCAAGGUGUUACAAAGUUUGGCGCCAAAGUUCAACUACGUCGCCGUCGCAAUGGAGGAGUCCAAAGACCUGUUGAGUCUCACUCUUGAUGAGCUAUGCGGGUCACUUCAAGCCCAUGAGUUCAUGGUUAAUAGAUCUGCAGGAAAAGCUGUGGAGAAGGCAUUAUUUGUGAAGAGUGAUAGCUCGUUAUCUCACUCCAAGGAGAAAGGAAGUUCUAGUGCACCAGCUGGGUCGAACUUAGGCCGGGGAUGA